AACUGAUGAUUGCUUGUGGACGGUUUGACCUCUUGGUUGACUACCUUCCCGGCUAGUACCGGCUGUAUCUUCAUGUUUGCUACCUAGGUCCCGACAACCUAGGUCUAUCCGGAUUGACCAAACUUGACAUGAUACAAAAUACCAAACCUCUGCGUCUCGCAUGUUGUUAAUUCAUCUGAUUUAUUUCCCGUCAAAUUAUAUUACUGCCGUAGGGGGUGGAGGAGGGGCAACCGCCAAGGUACCUGCAGUUCUGGGUUGUUAAUUACCUUACCUAACCCCCUCAGUUACACAUGACUGACGCGUUUAGUAAGAAAGCCGCGUCGCGUCUGGUUUGUCCCAGGCCAUUAAGGUGCAGUGCGGCCCAAAGAAAUAUUUCUUGGCAUCACAACCUCCAUCGUCGCCGCCUCAAGGUGGCAUGAGAAUGCAAGCUGGGGAAUCCGCCCGCCUCAUUGCGGCGAUACCGAUAGCGUGACUUGUUUUUGACCAGGCUGAUAUUAUGGCCUCCAAUGUCACCAUCAAAGCCAUCGACUCGAGUGCGGUCCAUCAAAUACAGUCUGGCCAGGUUAUAGUCGAUCUGUGUUCAGUGGCCAAAGAAUUGGUUGAGAACAGCAUUGAUUCUGGAGCAACUGCCGUCGACGUCCGCUUCAAAAAUCAGGGCCUCGACUCAAUCGAGGUGCAGGACAAUGGCUCCGGAAUCGCACCCCAAAACUACGAGUCCCUGGCCUUGAAGCACUACACGUCAAAGUUGUCAAGCUACGAUGACCUCUCAACGCUCCAGACGUUUGGGUUCCGGGGUGAGGCCUUGUCAUCGCUAUGCGCGCUUUCGCACUUCUCGGUUGUGACGUGCACCCAGCAAGAAGCCCCACGCGCCACCAGGCUCGAGUUUGAGAGCUCGGGCAGGCUCAAGAGCACGACCGUCGUGUCGGGCCAGAAAGGCACCCUGGUCUCGGUCGAGGACCUGUUCCGCAACCUGCCCGUUCGCCGCCGCGAGCUCGAGAGAAACAUCAAGAGAGACUGGACUAAAGUGAUCGGCUUGCUCAACCAGUACGCCUGCGUGCAGACUGGAGUCAAGUUGACCGUCUCUCAGCAGCCUACCAAGGGCAAGCGCAUGGUCAUGUUCUCGACCAAGGGGAACCUCACCACCCGUGACAAUAUCAUCAAUGUCUUUGGCGUAAAGACUAUGAAUGCUCUAAUCACCCUAGAUCUCAAGUUAGACCUGAAGCCCACAGUCGGCCCGCUUAGCAAGGGCAAGGCCCGAGACGAUGGCUCUGGCGUCAGCGCCAGCACCUCCGAGAUUCGCGUCCGCGGCCACGUAUCUCGGCCAACCAAUGGCGAGGGCCGACAGACACCUGAUCGCCAAAUGUUUUACGUCAACGGCCGUCCCUGUAGCCUACCCCAAUUCGCCAAGGUCUUCAACGAAGUAUACCGCUCCUAUAAUUCCUCGCAGUCGCCCUUCAUCUUCGCAGACAUUCAGCUUGACACUCGCCUGUACGAUGUCAACGUCAGUCCAGACAAGCAGACCAUAUUGCUGCACGACCAGGGCCAAAUGCUCGACAAUCUUAGAGAGUCGUUGAUCGAGCUAUUUGAGACUCAGGACAUAACCAUCCCCGUGGCCCAGGCUCAAACCCAAACACGUACUCCGUAUAAGAAAUCGGCAGCUUCAACUUCAGAGCCCCCCACGCCCACUAUAGGUGAAAGCGACAAGGGAGUUAUUUCCGAUGCAGAUCAGGACGCAGAGGACGCCGGCUCUGGACAGGUCGGCCAGUCCAAAGCAAACGAGGAAGAUGAGGACGAGGAUAAGGACGAGGAUGGAGGCGAAAGCAACGAUGGCAACGACACAAACGAAGAAGUAGGAGGCUCUAGAAGAUUGCCCAGAAGGCCGAGCAAGCAACCCGUUCCGUCAAGGUCGGCCCCUAUAAAGGCUCGGGGCGCGCCUAUGCUUUCUCGAUGGCUAGACAAGCAGUCAAGUGGUCGGGAUCGGUCCGAGCCCACUAACCGUGUGCCGCGCGACCGCAACGAGCAAGGCGGGGCCUCUAGCAAAGAGCGAACGCCAGUCUCGGAGACUCCAGGAAAACAAGACCUUCAAGAAAAGUCCAUAGAUGACGAAGUGCUCUCGCCAAAUCAAGAAGCCACUGACAAUGGCGAAGGCAUAGAAACUGGUGGACGGGGGGACGAGAUGGACUUGGACUCAGACGAGCCACCAGUGCCCGCCAUUCCUCCUCCAACUCAGCCCCCGGCGCCGCCUCGAUCCAGUCUCAUGCCGUCAAGCCGUCCAUUCAAACGUUCAACUCAGGAAGUAGCAACUGUCACCAUUGGCGACCAUACUGUAACCAGUGUGAUUGGUUCCCCUUCCAAGCGGACCCGAAUAGCCGAAGCGCCAAAAACAAUGGCCAAAUCCGAGGGAAGCGUAGGUACACCAAGAACGCGGGCCGUUCCCCUGCCAUCCUUCGGUGGCCGUCUGUCGCAGCUGUUCUCGGCCUCUAUGGCCCAAAAGAGGGGUUCAGUUCAGGAUCUCGAUAUCAUGAUAGAAGAUGUGGAGAUGCCGAUUGAAGACGAGGAAGCAGACGAGGAAGCUCUUUCUAUCUCGGAGCCAGAAGACAAAGGUGACGAUAAUGUUAAUGAGGAUGAAGACACUGAAAGAGAGGCGUUAGAAGACCAAGAGCUAGCCAAGGUGGUUGAUGACUUCGACGGCGCCUCUCGCAGUGGGCGAGACGAGGAACAGGCCUCGCGAGAUGCUCAUAGCCCUUCAGAGUCUAUCGAGGUCCCACCAUCUGAUCAUAGCAAGGAGGAUGCCGAUGACGCUAACUACGACUACGUCGAUGAAGAAGAGAAGAAGGCGCAAGAAGACAAAAAGGUGCAGAAGAUAAUCCAAGCGGCCGAAGCCACGGCCCCUUCCGCAGGACCGACUGAGGAGGGCGAGAAGCGCUCGAAAAUGCUGCUGAAACCCAAGUCGCGACGAAAAGACCUGACCACCCUCAAUCUCGUCCAGCGAUUCAAAGUCGGGAAUGAGAACAUGAUUCGGAAACGCCUGGCGGCGUGGUCCCGUCACCAGCCAACUGCUACUACCAAGCCCCGCGCAGCCAGGGAAGAAGCGGGCGGCCUAGAGGCCGACGAUGCGGAAGCAAAGCUCGCGCUCAAGAUCACCAAAUCUGACUUUGGCAAGAUGCGAAUUAUCGGGCAGUUCAACCUCGGCUUCAUCAUUGCGGUCCGCGAAGCCUCCUUAGCAGACACCACCGCUAGCGGCGACGGGGCAGCGAAUCCCGAAAGCAGCCAACAAAAGUCCGGCGGUGGCGACGCUGACGACGAGCUCUUCAUUAUCGACCAGCACGCCUCGGACGAAAAGUACAACUUCGAGCGCCUGCAGGCUAGCACCGUGGUGCAGUCGCAGCGGCUGGUGCAGCCCAAGACGCUCGAGCUAACGGCGCUAGAGGAGGAGAUCGUCAUGGAGCACGCGGCGGCGCUGGAGCGCAACGGCUUCGUCGUCGACGUGGACCAGUCGGGCGCGCGGCCCGUCGGCGCCCGCUGCCAGCUGCUCAGCCUACCGCUAAGCCGCGAGACGACCUUCUCGCUGGCGGACCUCGAGGAGCUCAUAUUUUUGCUGAGUGACAACCCGUCGUCGAGCGCCACGACGAUCCCGCGCCCGUCCAAGGUGCGCAAGAUGUUCGCCAUGCGCGCGUGCCGCAGCAGCAUCAUGAUUGGUCGCGCGCUGUCGCGGCGGCAGAUGGAGAAGGUGGUGCGCCACAUGGGCGAGAUGGAGAAGCCGUGGAACUGCCCGCACGGCCGGCCCACCAUGCGACACCUCUGCGCGCUGGGCGCGUGGCAGGAGAGGACGUGGUCCGAGGGCGAUGAUUUCUACGAGCCAAAGACACGGACCGACUGGGCUGGAUGGGCCAAGGCGAGGAAAGGCGGCUGAUAGAUAGAUGGGGAUCAUCUGGGUUGAUUUAGGUUUAAAUAUCUGCAAUAAGAAAUAAACACCUUGUCUACAUGUA